ACGGCAAUCGCAUCUGUCUACCUGUUGACCGAUCAUCUCUUGGACAAUGCCAGCCAGCUCUACUGACAUGAGUCGCAGAGGAUCGCGUGAAUUCAAAGCCAGGGGACUUCCGAAAAGGUCCAAGUUGACAGAGAAUAUUUUCAUCAAGCGCGUGGCCCAUUGGUUGUUGCGGAAACAGAUAGACAUUUCAUUCCAGCUGGUUGUUUUCCUCCUUCUCACACAUCUUGGUGUACCCGCUCUACGGCCAUAUACGUCGAAGUUCUUCAGGCUAUCUUACUGUAACCAGAGCACCGAAAAGUAUGGAAUUGGAUAUGAUGACCUCUACUUUAUAGCCUUCUGGAUUAUACUCCUCACGGGUCUAAGGGCCAGCUGUAUGAAGUAUAUUCUUGCUCCGCUUAGCCGACGGUGGGGAGUAUCAAAAGCCAAAGAUGCCACUCGGUUUGCGGAGCAAGGAUGGAUAUCCUUGUAUUACAGCAUGAUGUGGACACUAGGCAUGUACCUCUAUUAUAAGUCACCGUAUUUCCUCAACAUGGAGGAGCUGUGGACCGAAUGGCCUCAGAGGGAAAUGGACGGCCUGGUUAAAGCAUAUUACCUGGGACAGUUGUCUUUCUGGAUUCAGCAAGUGCUGGUGAUCAACAUCGAGGACCGGCGGAAAGACCAUUGGCAAAUGCUAACCCAUCAUUUCGUAACAAUCAGCCUUAUGGCAACCUCGUACGUCUAUCACCAAACCAAGGUCGGACACUUGAUUCUAGUGCUCAUGGACGUAAUUGAUCUCUUUCUGCCACUAGCAAAAUGUCUUAAAUAUCUAGGCUUCACCACAAUCUGUGAUAUCCUGUUUGGGCUUUUCAUUGUAUCGUGGCUCUUUGCGCGCCAUCUGCUAUUCUUGAUUACUUGUUGGAGUAUCUAUACUGAUUUCCCCCGAAUAGUCCCACCCGGGUGCUAUCGGGGAACUGCAAAAGAUCUUCAGGGACCGUUUCCAGUUCCAGAGAACUGGGGGUAUUUGAUCGAGCCUUUUUAUGAUCCAGCAGGAACAGUGUGUAUGAACAAUACCAUCAUGUAUAGCUUUCUAUCAUUUCUUCUCCUGCUUCAGGUCUUGAUGGUCAUAUGGUUCGCAAUCAUUGCGCGGAUCGCCAUACGGGUGUUGGAGGGCAGGAGAGCAGAUGAUCCUCGAAGCGACGGUGAACAGGACGAACUAGUGGAGAAGGAACAAGGGAAUAACGAAGCACCCCAGGGGUCGGCCAAGAAUAUCAGCAGAAAUGCGGUAAGCCAGGACAGGUGGCAACAACACGCCGGUGAACGCCAGCGGCGUGCUCUUCGCCAGCCCCCAGGUUCGGGAGGAGCCGCAUAAUCGGAACAGACGCAAUAAGCGGAUUAACGAGCCGCUCAGUGAGCCAGGGCAUUGAACAGGUUGGACUCAGGUCUCUAUGAAUUCGACCCUUAUUUAAAUUAUUCAAUGUGCAAAUACUUGACUACAUAUAUAUGUGGGUUUAUACCCCAGAAGUAUUUGAGCCCGUGCAGUACUAGUACUGUGAUACAUCUGGCGAGAAUUAGAUUCAAGAACAGUUGAAAGAGGAAAGGACAGAAAUAAAGCCAACAUUUCAAUUAUAUUAGUUAGUCUCGAAUAUGUAUACUCGGGCUUGGACAGGAC